AUGCCCAUACUGUCUCAAAAGGAUAUAAACGAGCUGGAUGCAGGGUCAACAGGGCAGACCUCAAACGCAAGCUGCCAGACUCCCGCUGCGCAACAAACCUACCAGCGCGCCAUUCCACGCAACCUAGUCAAUCCAAAUCCCCCUUCAUCACAAAAUGUUCAGCAAACAUCCACUCAAUGCACUCUAGUCAAGCCAAAUAACGACACCUCCGUCAACGCGCCAGCACCGUAUCCCUUCGGACCGGAUCAAAUUGUGGGCCACCCUACAGGCUUACAAUUCCCUCGCGACAGGGCAGAUGCAGUCAAAGUUCUCGUUCGCCUUCUCCUCGAUAUACUGGUAUACAGCUAUGAUGUCGACUUUCACGAGCUCCAUUUCGCUCUCGCUACAUCUUCACCGCAUCUGUGCACUGCGAAUCUCUCUACUCGAAACACCAGUCUUCUGAAUUUCCAGGAGAUGCGUGUUGUCCUCGAGUAUGCCGAUGCCGUUCAUAAAGCAUGCGAGGCAGUCAUCGACAACACCCAGAGUCUACUAAAAGAUGAGAACCGCAAUGUUAUCAUCGAUCUCAUAAUGCAGCCAGCACAAACCCUCGGGAUCGACGUAGCUUACGUUUUCGAACAGCUCUACGCUUUCCGGUCGCACAGAUGCGAUAGUGGGAACCAUAACAAGACACUACUUUAUACCAAGACAUCAUUUUGGACACGACGGCGUGGCCUAUUACCUGGCAAAUUGGGUAUGGACAAGAAUCAAAAGCUACUUGCACGCCGACUUGUCUCUGACGAUAUAGCUGUUGCACAGCUCGGCACAAGGUCCAACGAGGCGCUCGCGCUAGUCCUGGGCAAGGCGAUCAAGCAAUACAACAAAAGGCAUUGCAGAUACGGAAUGGCCAAUAUUAAGCGAGAUGUAUACGCUGAGCCUCCAUUUGUGGCGUUGAGAAAAGAGGUCAUGAGGUGGGAGCUUCUGCGAGAAAAGUCAGCCCAGGAUGGGAGCCAGCCUUCAAACGUAAAGAUUCAAGCAGAUUGGAGGAUGAGCAUGCAACCCAAAUACGAAAUCGCCGAGCGACACAAUCGGAAGUUAGACAACCGGUCCUAUCAUGGGAUGGGCAGUCUGCCAAAUACGGCACCGCGUGGGAACAGUCAUAAUACGCGUAGGCCACGCUCUUUUCAUGAUCUACAGGCUAUACAGGAACAAUCCGAAACACCGACCAGACCACAGUCUGUAUGCAACAUACGCUCAUAUAUUAUGCCUCGACCAGACGCAGCUUGUCGUGGGCUAUCGACGAACUUUUAG